CCACACCCAAUAGUCAUGUAGAAGGAACGGCCACGGAGAGGAUGCCCUUCCUAGCUUCCCUCAAUCCCACUCUUCUUCUCUCCUCCAGAGUCCAAAACCCCACUCCAAAGUCCAAACUUUGCACAGCAAUCUUCUCUUGCUGCUCUCUUCACCAUUCAUCUAGCAAAGCCAUGACAUCUCCAUCUGUUCCCACAAGCCCCACUUCUCAAAAUGCCCCUUUAACUGUUCAGAAUUAUCCAACACCACUCUCUCCUCCAUUGCCUCCCAUCUCAAAGCAGAUAGAGCUUGCCAGGGCCAUGGCUGCGUCUUCAAGAUCAAGCCUUUUUGCUUUGUCAAGAAGUGAUAUCUUAUAUGAAGAUCAGUGGCUCAUCGUUGUCAAUAAACCGCAAGGAGUUUACUGUGAGGCUGUGUUGGAAUCGGUCCCUCGUUUUCUUGCUGAUCUCAGUGAAGGGACCAAAGGCUCGCUGCCUGAGCUCCAUCUUGCCAACCGACUAGAUCGUGAUACAAGUGGCGUAACAGUUAUAACCAAAUCACACAAAGUGGCUUCUAAGCUUGUGGAGGCAUUUACUAAUCACAAGGUUAAGAAAACAUACAUUGCUCUCUGCGUUGGUUCAGCUCCAAAAUGGGAAAAAAUCACCAUUAAAUCUGGUCAUGGUCGGUCCAAAUUUGGAGCCUGGCGUGUAUAUGCUGCAUCGGAUGUGGGUCAGACACUACCAGGUGGGUCCAUUGUGAGAGACAUGGAAACUUCAUUUGAACUAUUAUCAGUAAAUGGACAAGGGAACUUCAAAGAGUUAUCUGAAUUUGAGAAAGAUGAAAAUAUUAUAGUAGUUGAAGAAAAGGCUGUGAAAGAUGCUGAUGGGAAGAAGGAUGAGAUUUUGGUAAGAGCAUUUCCUCAGAGUGGAAGAACACAUCAAAUUCGGUUGCACUGUCAAUAUCUUGGAAUUUCUAUAAGAGGGGAUGUGAAAUAUGAGGGUGUAUAUGAAUGGAAUGAGAAAAUAUAUGAUGGCCAUGAACUGCAUGCAGAGAGCUUGUCUUUUGAACAUCCAAUUACUGGUCUGCCUGUCAAGUUCUGUGCACCUCCACCUUCAUGGGCCAAAGAGUAGUGAAAGCUUGAUUUUGCUGUCAGUUCCAAAGACAAUUUUCAGCCAUUCAACUGGAAGGUUAAUUUCUUUUACUCAGCAACCAAGUCAGCAGAUAAGCAGGAUGCAGCUAAUCUUGGCAGAUACAUUUGAAAGUGAGUGCAUUUGAGAAGCAAACAGUAAAAAGAAUUGCAUCUAUGAUUACAUGAAUGGAAUGGAGCAUAACAAGGAUGCUGUUGAUUAACUUCUUUAAAGAUCUGAGUCUAGGUUGGCGAUUAAAAGGAGAUAGAUAGAUACCUAGCUUAAUGGUCUGAUGCACCAUAGUUAAGUUCCAUUUGUGGAUCUUAAGGAAAUGGCUUGAAUUCUGUGUCUUUUAAUCCUUCUUUUCUAAAAUUGUUAGAGAAGUUGAGAAGCUGUCUGAGUUGUUCCAUUGAAAAUUCAGGUGAUGAAUUCUGCUGAGGUUCCUUCACUCAAAUCAUUUUGAUUUCUCUUUGAAAAAUAAUACAAAGAAUUUCAGGAUCAA